AUGCUCCAGGUCGUCAUGGACGUUACGUCAGGUGGCGAGUCCAAGGUCUCUCCUGCGCGCAGGGCGCCACCUCUCCUAGAAGAGCGUCAUCAAGAAUUCUAUUUGCACAGGCUCGAACUCAAGACCGUGCCAAAGCUUCAUUCUUUGGUCUCAGCCAAUAAUGAGAUCAACAUGCCGGGAGUCUCCGCCGCAGUAGGGCACGUACUCGUCAACUUCCUGUACAAGGCGUUCUAUGAUGUCCCUGCCUUAUGUGAGGACGGGCAUGACACGAAAGAGCGCGAUGCUGAAUGGCUACGCUGCAGUUUCGAUGUUCAUGCCACAGCGAGGCAGUACGGCAUCGAUAGCCUGGUAACUUUGGCACAGAACGAUAUAGACAGUCGGGCUGGUCGCCUCGAGCCGUCCGAGGCCCUGGCUGCUGUCAAGAAGGCUUGUCCGCUGCCGGAUACAAAGGACGAGUGGCUGCGCAACUACACAAGGACACUUCUCAAUGUCACGUACCCUAGUGUCGAAGCUUUCCUGACAUCAACCAUCAUGGAGCCCGCCCAUGCUGAAGAAACUAUGUCAAUUACAGAGAUGCUGCUGCGUACCGCCUGGCAAGACUUGAAAUGCGAAGUGCAUCCCAAGACACUGGCCUCUGCAGAAUACUGCAGCGCCUUGCGCGGCGCGACCUGUUAA